AUGAGCUGCAACUCGAAGGUCUGUGUAGAUGUCGAAAACCAAUUUCCACAAAGAAGGUCGGUGAAACCAGAAUGGCACAAAGCACACGCCAGAUUCAUCAUCAACCUCUGCAUGGAGAAAGAACGAGCUGCAAACGGCAAUAACAGUGCCGAGGCGGAAGAAGGCAGCAUAUACGGGUCAUGGUUCACCGGCGGGUCGAAAAACAAUACGAGCAGCCCCGAUGCUUACGUGUGGAGGCAGAGGUACUUAAGGAGCUAUACGUUCACGAGGGAGGAAGAAUCGUCCAACGAGAGGAAGAAGAAGAAAGGCGUGCACGGUGUCGUUUUAAAGAAAGUGAAGAGAUGGACGAACCAGAUGUUCGAGGGUAGCAGUACUACUACUACUACUAAAGAAGGGAAGAAGAAGAAGAAGAGCUCUAGUACGGUUGAUGGUUGCCUUAAGUUCUUGUUAAGUUUCGUGGCACAAGUUGAUGUUCAUGUUGGGUAA